AUGCAAAAAUACCCAACAUUGAAUCCAAGUUAAGAGUUUGAUAGAAGCAUAGCAAUCUCAAAUAUGAGUUUGAGUCAUAUGGGAUAUAAAAAUGUGGAAGGGAAGAAUUUGUUCGAGAGAGUAAAGGGAUUUUAGAAUUUGAUGGGGCCAUUGAGACAAUAGAAGAUAAUUCUUUACGAGAGGAGAAAUAUGUCUCCACCUGCUCAAGAAUGUUAUGGAAUGGAUGAUUAUGGAGAUAUAUUUUAUGGAAUCAACUUCGCAUCUGCAGAUUACUUGGGACUGUGCACAAAUGAAUAAGCAAAAGAAGCUGCAAUGAAUGCUGCUAAGGAAUAUUCAGUAAAUUCUUGUGGAGCACCUUUAGCAUUUGGUGCAUCGAAAUACUAUAUGUAGUUAAAAGAGGAGUUGAAGGAUUAUUGGGGAAUGAACGAAGUAAUCCUUUACAGCGCAGGAUGGUUGGCUGGAUUUGGAGUUGUUAAAGGUUUGAUAAGACCUUAUGAUUUUGUGGUAAUGGAUGAAUUAUGCCACAAUUGUCUCACUGAAGGAGCAUUUGCAGCCACAAAGAAUGUGUCAAGAGUACCACAUUUGAGUUUGGAAGAAAUGGAGAAAAAAGUUUCAGAAAUCAGAACUGCAAAUCCUGAUGCCUGCAUUCUAGUAGUCACUGAGGGUUUGUUCAGUAUGGAUAGUGAUUACACUGAUUUGGUGGCUCUAUAAAAAUUAACAUUGAAGUACGAGGCCUUUUUGUUAAUUGGAUUGUGCUCACGAUUUCGGUUGUAUGGGCAAGACUGGCAAGGGUGUCUUUGA